CAACACAACUUGACGCGUUUCUCUCGUCCCACGUCUUCUUCUUCCUCGCAACUCCUCACUCUGUUUCUCAUUUUUCAUAUAUAUUCACAACACACACACACACACUGACUCUUAUCCCCAAAUCAUAAACUCAAACCUUUUGUAAAUUCAUUUCUUCAAUGGCUAUCAUCAAAUCGAACAAAGAUCACAAACCAUGCGGUGGUGGCGGCGUCGUCACCACCGUCGUGACUCGCGAAGUCUGGGCGGAGAAUCUCGAAUCUGAAUUUGAACUAAUCGGCGAAACCAUCGACGAUUACCCAUUCAUCUCCAUGGACACUGAGUUCCCCGGCGUGAUUUUCAAAUCCGAUCUCCGAUUUACAAACCCCGGCGAUCUCUACAGUCUACUUAAAGCCAACGUCGACGCGCUCAGCUUAAUCCAAGUCGGUCUCACUCUCUCCGACGCCGACGGUAACCUCCCAGAUCUAUUUGGUGACGGACGGCGGUUCAUCUGGGAGUUUAAUUUCCGAGACUUCGACGUGGCGCGUGACCCACACGCUCCUGAUUCCAUCGAGUUGCUUCGUCGGCAAGGUAUCGAUUUCGAGCGGAACCGCCGCGAGGGGGUUUGUUCGGAGAGGUUCGCGGAGCUGAUGAUGUCGUCGGGGCUUGUUUGUAACGAGGACGUGAGCUGGGUGACGUUUCAUAGCGCGUACGAUUUCGGUUACCUGAUGAAGAUCCUCACGCGCCGUGAGCUGCCCGGCGCGUUAGGGGAGUUUAAGCGCGUGAUGAGAGUUUUGUUUGGUGAGCGCGUGUACGAUGUGAAGCAUAUGAUGAAGUUUUGUGAGAGGAGAUUGUAUGGCGGUUUAGACCGGGUUGCGAGGACGCUUGAAGUUAACCGGGAGGUUGGGAAAUGUCAUCAAGCCGGUUCCGAUAGUCUGCUUACGUGGCACGCGUUUCAGAGGAUGAGAGAUUUGUAUUUUUCUCAAGAUGGGCCGGAGAAGCAUGCUGGGGUUUUGUAUGGGCUUGAGGUCUUUUAAGGGGUGUACUGAUUUUUUUAUUUUUUAUUUUAAAUAUUCAAUUGGUUAACUCAAGUUGUAAUCUUGUAGCUAAUGUUCUUUUGUUAAGAGGAAAUAUAUAUAAAAAAAUAAUAAUGCAAAAACUCCUCAUAUAAA